UUCAUUUAACACGUUAUCAACACGCUCUCCAGCGGAGGGAUUUCACGACGGCCUCGACCAUAAACAACACGGAAGCGGUGAUCGGCGCAGGUCUCCAGCCGACGCAUGGCCGCAUCAGCCCCGACCUCCCGCAUGGCCGCAUCAGCCCGAGGCAUUCACGGCUCACACAAGAUUUCGCGAAGUCGGUCGACCGCAAGUUUAAGGUGCAAGGCGAGGAGAUCAUAAAAUUUGUCAGUCGGAUGCUCAAGGACACCACUGCAGCUCUUGACGGCCUCAUCUUUGCGCGGAUCGAUGGCGCCAGGGCCGAGCUCAGCCUCGACGUCGAGCAAAUUCGGGCGGAGCUCGAGCGCGGCAACAAGGAGGAACCCUUUGGCAAGCGGGCGAGUUCGUCGGCAGGCAAGGAGGUUGGGGACGGCCGUGAAGCUCUCGCGGCAAAUCCCCUUGGCUUCGACAAGUCCCAUUGGGGGAGGGUACAUCAUGUUUAUGUGCCUCCUCCGGUCAGAGGUGCACGUGAUUCUGGUUCUCCCCGUGAUUUUUUUUCUCCUCAUGAGCAUGUUGCUUCUGAAAUGUCUGACGCAUACCAACUUGUGCCUCGCAUGAAAUUGCCUCGUUUCGACGGCGCGAACCCACGUCUAUGGCAAUCUCGAUGCGAGCAUUAUUUCAAGCUCUAGGGUACCCCUGCAUCGAGAUGGAUUUCGUUCGCCACUUCUCAGUUUGAAGGCACAGCCACGCGAUGGUUGGAAGCAGUGCAACGCCGUUCACCAAAUUUGCUUUGGCCAGAGUUCUGUCACUUGUUGAUGCAGCGGUUUGGUCGCAACCAACAGCAAUCUCUGGUUCAGCAGAUGUUCCGCAUUGCUCAGGAGUCCACUGUGGCUGAUUAUGUGGAGCGUUUCAGGAGUCUACUGUGGCUGAUUAUAUGGAGCGUUCCGCUGAAUUGUAUGACCAACUCUCCGCUUGUGCACAGAUGCCUGAUAGCUUGUAUUACACUACUCGGUUCAUUGAUGGGUUGCGACCAUGGGUGCGUAUGUCUGUGGCAUUACACAAACCACAAGACCUAGAUACUGCUUAUGAUCUGGCACUGCCCCAUGAAGAAUUGAGUGACACCGGUUAAUUGAGUUUUCCUGCCAAAAAGUCCCUAUCAACCACCAAAUCUGCACCGGGUGCUCAGCUGGGCACUGAUCGAAGGUUUGCUGAAGUGGGUAAAACUGUUCCAUCUGAGGACAAAUGGAAUGCUCUGCGUUCAUACAGGAGAUCAAAGGGGCUUUGUUUCACUUGUGGAGAAAAGUGGUCUAAGGACCAUCAAUAUAAGGCUUCAGUUCAACUUCAUGUUGUGCAGGAGAUGAUCGAGCAUAUACAGAGUAACGAACAACUUCACCAAGAAUGCUCGGAUAGUGACUCUGAUAACCUGAUGUUGGUGUCGGCAGCGGCUUUUUCGGCUGAAUUCCAUACUUUAACACUUAAA